AUUAUAUAAAAUCCCAAAUAGCAAAAUCAUUCAGUCUAGAGAGAAGCUUCCAUAAUAGUCUACUAUCAACAACUUUGAAUGUUUGAAAUCUUUGGCACAGCUGUUCAAAUUUGACAAUGACUUUGUCCUAUAAAUACCCUCCUAUUUUCUCCUCUCUUUACAUCAUUUACAUACAUUAGUAAUAUAUUUCUCAUUUUUCCAAUUUAUUUAAAAUAAAAUUUAAAAAAAAUGGGAGUGAAGAGUUUUUUCCAAGAAGUGAAAACCAAGGUUUCACCAUCAAGAAUGUUCAAAGCUUUAAUCACGGAAUCACAUGACGUCAUCCCCAAAAUCACCACCUCAAUCAAGAGCAUCGAGACCGUCGAAGGAGAUCGUGUCACCUCUGGUUGCAUCAUGCAGACUAAUUUCCCCGAGGGUGCACAAUUGAAGUAUCUGAAGCACAGAAUCGAUGCAAUCGACACGGAGAACUACUCGUGCAAGUACACAUUAGUCGAAGGAGACGUACUUGGAGAAAAGCUCGAAAAAAUCUGCUACGAGACCGAAUUCGAGGCAUGUGAAGAAGGAGGAUGCAAUAUUAAGAUGACGAGUGAGUACCACACGAAGGGUGAUUUCGUAAUUAGCGAUGAAGAUAUUAAAGCUGGCAAAGAACAGGCUAUGGAACUCUGCAAGUCUAGUGAAGAAUAUCUAAUUGCUAAUCCUCUUGUUUGUGCCUGAUUGAUUAUUUAAUUAUGUAUUAUUUCCUAUUCUGGAUUGAUUAAAUCUCUGAUUAUAGAGAACUAUGUAUUUAUUAUGUUUGGUUUUUUUUUCCCCCCUUUUU